AUACAACUGCUCUCCAUUUGGAGGCAGCAGAUUGAAUGAUCAUUUCAUCCUCGCAGUCGCAGACAUACAUUGUCCCGUUCUCUCGCGGCGGGCGCCUGACGAUCUCGUCCUCCGCGUCCGCCCUCCUCGUUGCCCACGCACGCCUGAAGGCGACGGCGGCGCUGGCUGCGCGGAGGAAGCCCGAGCGGACAUUCCGUUUGCUCGCAGGCCGGAUUGCAAGGCCCCCUCUCCCAAAUUGCAAGGAUAGUCAGGAAGCUAAUUAACAGUGUUCGAAAGAUGGUCCACCGCGAGCCGGCCGAGGCGGCGGCGGCGGCAGCAGCAGGAGGCGAGACCAGCAUCUCUACGCAGCCUCCCUCAUCAUCCCAGCAGGCUGCGCCACCACCGGCCGUGUUAGUGUACAAGGUCGGGUAUCCUCCCCGGAGGAGCCUGGCCACGGAGUUCACCAGCACGCUGAGGGAGACCUUCUUCCACGACAGCCCGCUGAAGCAGUGCAAGGACCAGUCCGUGUCCACGAAGCUCCAGAUGGGCCUGCAGCUCUUGUUCCCGGUCUUGGGUUGGGGCAGGACCUACAGCCUGAGCAUGUUCAAGGGCGAUCUCGUUGCCGGGCUGACAAUUGCGAGCCUCUGCAUUCCCCAGACUCUGAAUCGAUAGGAUAUUGGCUACUCGAAGCUCGCGUAUUUGGAUCCGGAGUACGGGCUCUACUCUAGCUUCGUCCCCCCGUUGAUAUACGCUGCGAUGGGUAGCUCCAAGGACAUAGCGAUCGGGCCAGUCGCAGUGGUCUCUCUUCUGCUAGGUUCGCUUCUGCAGAAGGAGGCUGACCACGACAAGGACAGGGAGGAAUACCUGCGCCUUGCGUUUACGGCAACCUUCUUCGCUGGCAUCACUCAAGCAGCUCUGGGAUUCCUGAGGCUAGGUUUCCUCAUCGACUUCCUGUCGCACGCCGCCAUCGUUGGGUUCAUGGGGGGAGCGGCCGUCACUAUUGCCCUGCAGCAGCUCAAGUAUGUGCUCGGCAUCAGGAGCUUCACCAAGGAAACCGAUAUAGUCUCCGUCAUGGAGUCUGUCUGGGGUUCAGUUCGUCAUGGAUGGAACUGGCAGACAGUUGCGAUUGCCUUCACGUUCCUUGCUUUUCUUCUGCUUGCCAAGUACAUUGGGAAAAGGAACAAGAAGUAUUUCUGGGUGCCUGCUAUCGCUCCUGUAACUUCGGUUAUUCUUGCCACCCUUUUCGUGUACCUCUUUCGCGCUGACAAGCAAGGUGUUCAGAUUGUGAACAAGAUCAAAAAGGGCGUCAACCCGUCAUCUGUGCACAAGAUCUACUUCACCGGUCCAUUCGUCGCGAAAGGGUUCAAGAUCGGCGCUGUUUGCGGCAUGAUCGGCUUAACAGAAGCCGUUGCCAUCGGAAGGACGUUCGCCGCCAUGAAGGACUACCAGCUAGAUGGGAACAAGGAGAUGGUAGCACUUGGGACGAUGAACAUCGUAGGCUCAAUGACGUCUUGCUACAUCGCAACAGGCUCUUUCUCUCGCUCGGCGGUCAACUUCAUGGCCGGGUGCCGGACGCCAGUGUCCAACGUGGUCAUGUCCACGGUUGUGCUCCUCACCUUGCUGCUCAUCACGCCGCUGUUCAAGUACACCCCGAACGCGAUCCUGGGCUCGAUCAUCAUCUCUGCCGUCAUCGGCCUCGUCGACUACGAGGCGGCGAUCCUCAUCUGGAAAGUCGACAAGAUGGACUUCGUCGCCUGCAUGGGGGCCUUCUUCGGCGUGGUUUUCAAGUCUGUCGAGAUAGGCCUCUUGAUUGCUGUGUCAAUCUCGUUUGCCAAAAUACUUGUCCAAGUAACAAGACCCAGGACUGUGCUGCUGGGAAACCUUCCAGGCACCACGAUCUACAGGAACACGGAGCAGUAUCCGCAUGCGAGGCAUGUUCCUGGGGUGGUCAUAGUCAGGGUGGAUUCUGCCAUUUACUUCUCCAACUCCAACUAUGUCCGAGAGCGAAUCCUUAGGUGGUUGACGGACGAAGAAGAUAGAGUCAGCGCAGAGGGGCUGCCUAGAAUCAGUUUCUUGGUAGUAGAGAUGUCACCUGUUAUAGAUAUCGAUACGAGUGGUAUCCAUGCCCUUGAAGACCUGUACAAGAAUCUCCAAAAGCGAGGCAUUCAGCUUCUCUUAUCAAACCCUGGCUCUGCCGUGAUUGAAAAGCUCCAGUCGUCCAAACUCACCGAGCACAUCGGAAAUGGUCAUAUCUUCCUCACGGUCGCAGACGCCGUGCGUUUCUGCACUUCCAAGUCGAUGCAGGAGCCUUGAACUGAAAUGGAUUUGUUUGCGUCCACAUUCUGUUCUCUAAUCUCUACUGUAUACGUUAUGUAUCAUGUAUUCAUGUAAUCAGAAUAAUAUACAUAUGCAAGUUUACGAAUGACAGGAAUAGUUUCGAAUGC